AUGCAGCAGGGAGCCAUGCCGCCGGCUGCUGCUGCUGCGGCUGCUGCUUCUGCUGCUCCGCCUUCGUCGGCUGCUGCUGCAGCUACUGCGGCUGCCGCUGCUGCUACUGCUGCUGCUGCAGCAGGAAAUGCAGCAGUUGCAGCAGGAAAUGCUGCUGCUGCAGCAGGAACUGCCGCUGCGGCAGCAGGGAAUGCUGCAGCUGCAGCUGCCGCUGCAGAGCCAGGCCAAAUCGCACAGCAGCAACAGCAGCAGCAACAGCAACAGCUGCAGCAGCAUGCUAACGCACAAGCAGAGGCCCGUCAGCAACAAGGAGUGGAGGCCCUUGAGGAGAAUCGAGCUGCUUCGCAAGAGAACAGCAGCGCAGCAGCAGGCAAUCAGCAGCUGCAGCAGGAACAGCAGCAGGACGAUGAGCAGGAGGAGCAGCAGCAGUUGCUGCUGCAGAGCGCAGGCAGGGUUUCUCCUAGUGGGCCCCCUCCACCACUACCUACAUCUGCGGGUAUAUUAACAGCACAACAGUAA